AUGUCCCAUGACGGAGAAGAAGAACCUGGAAUAUCCAGAAAGAUAAACUCAGUAGAUGAUAUUAUUAUCAAAUGUCAAUGUUGGGUCGAAAAGAACGAUGAAGAACGUCUAGCUGAAAUUUUAUCGAUAAACACAAGAAAAUUACCACCAAAAUUUUAUGUUCACUAUGUUAAUUACAAUAAGCGUUUGGAUGAGUGGAUUACCACUGACAGAAUAAACCUCGAUAAAGAAGUGCUAUAUCCGAAACUAAAGACAGCUGAUGAUGAGGAGAACAAGAGGCAAAAGAAAAAAAAGACAACAACUGCCAAUGCUACACUGCAAGAGCCGUUAAAGGACGGUGUAGAUGGUAUCUCAAGAGAAAGCACAGAUGUUAUGGAUUUAGAUAAUCUUAAUGUACAAGGGAUAAAAGAUGAGAAUAUAUCACACGAGGAUGAAAUCAAAAAACUUAGGACCUCUGGUUCAAUGACACAAAAUCCACAUGAGGUAGCGCGAGUUAGAAACCUGAAUCGAAUUGUUAUGGGAAAGUAUGAAAUUGAACCGUGGUAUUUCUCCCCAUAUCCUAUUGAAUUAACUGAUGAGGAUUUUAUUUAUAUUGACGAUUUCACACUACAGUACUUUGGAUCUAAGAAACAAUAUGAGCGUUACAGAAAAAAAUGCACAUUAAGACAUCCACCAGGAAAUGAAAUUUACCGAGACGAUUAUGUUUCAUUUUUUGAAAUCGAUGGCAGGAAGCAAAGAACAUGGUGCCGUAAUUUGUGCUUGCUUUCUAAGCUUUUCCUAGAUCAUAAAACAUUGUAUUACGACGUUGAUCCAUUCUUAUUCUACUGUAUGACAAGACGAGAUGAAUUGGGUCAUCACCUGGUGGGAUAUUUCUCCAAGGAAAAAGAAUCUGCAGAUGGUUACAAUGUCGCAUGUAUCUUGACGCUACCACAGUACCAAAGAAUGGGAUAUGGUAAGUUGUUAAUCCAAUUUUCUUAUGAGUUGUCGAAAAAGGAGAACAAAGUCGGUUCCCCUGAGAAACCUUUAUCUGAUUUGGGUCUCUUAUCCUACAGAGCGUACUGGUCGGACACUUUGAUAACGCUACUAGUGGAGCACCAGAAGGAGAUUACGAUCGACGAAAUAAGUUCAAUAACUUCGAUGACUACAACAGAUAUACUGCACACAGCAAAAACAUUGAAUAUUCUUCGAUAUUACAAGGGUCAACACAUUAUUUUCUUAAACGAAGAUAUUCUAGAUAGAUAUAACCGACUGAAAGCCAAAAAGAGAAGAACCAUAGAUGCCAGUAGGUUGAUAUGGAAACCGCCAGUAUUUACUGCUUCUCAGUUACGCUUUGCCUGGUAA